UGUUUGCCGGCCACCUGUUGAAAGUGACUCGUUGAUUAUAUCUGGAGGGCGGGGGCUAGGAAUCUGGAUUUUACUGGAGUCUCUCGGGGAUACUGUCUCCUGACUUGGGAGAGGGCACGCGACCCGGUCUGUGCCCCUAGCUCCCGCUGCAAAACGUUCCUCUAGAAUCGCUCCCACGUAAAGGGACCUUCGGGAAAUUUCGAGGACGCCAGAUGGCAUUAAACAAACCCAGUGUCCCUGGGCCUUUCCAGGUUUCCAGGCAGGUUGAUUACGAGACAACAUGUCUGCUUCGGUGAAAGAAAGCCUUCAGCUUCAGCUGCUGGAGAUGGAAAUGCUAUUUUCUAUGUUUCCUAACCAAGGAGAAGUGAAACUGGAAGACGUAAAUGCCCUGACGAACAUAAAGAGGUAUUUGGAAGGCACCAGGGAGGCGCUGCCACCAAAAAUCGAGUUUGUGAUUACACUCCAGAUUGAGGAGCCCAAGGUGAAAAUUGAUUUGCAAGUAACCAUGCCUCACAGCUACCCCUAUGUAGCAUUGCAGCUGUUUGGACGGUCGCCUGAGCUUGACAGACAUCAGCAGCUACUUCUCAACAAAGGUCUUACUUCUUACAUAGGGACUUUUGACCCCGGAGAGCUCUGUGUGUGCGCAGCAAUCCAGUGGCUACAGGACAACUGCGAGUCCUACUUCCUGAGCAGGAAGCUGGCCUACGAGCCGUCCGCGCAGGCCAAGCCGGUGAAGAGCACGUUCCUCCGGAUGUGGAUCUACAGCCACCACAUCUACCAGCAGGACCUGAGGAAGAAGAUCCUGGAAGUGGGCAAGCGGCUGGACGUGACGGGGUUCUGCAUGACGGGGAAGCCGGGCAUCAUCUGCGUGGAGGGGCUCAAGGGGCAGUGUGAGGAGUUCUGGCACACGAUCCGCUACCCCAACUGGAAGCACAUCUCCUGCAAGCACGCCGAGAGCAUGGACACGGAGGGCGAUGGCCACGACCUGCGCCUCUUCCAGGCCUUCGAGGAGCUGCUCCUUGAGGCCCACGGGGACUACGGCCUGAGGAAUGAUUAUCACAUGAAUCUGGGCCAGUUCUUAGAAUUUCUCAGAAAGCACAAAAGUGAGCAUGUUUUUCAGAUAUUAUUUGGUAUUGAGAGCAAAAGUUCAGAGUCCUAGGAAGCUAUUUAGAAGCCCAUGCUUAUAAUCUCACUAAAAAAAAGUAUUUCCCUUAAUAAGACCAGAAUAAAAAGGCCGGUGGCUGUCUAGCUUCCUUGGUGACACCUACAGCCCCUGAAUGUCCACAUGGUGAUGAAUUUCAGCUGGUAAUGACACACAUGGGCCUUUACCUUCAUAACAGUGAAAUUGUGAUGGUGU